AUGAAUGAAAUCCCUUUUCCUGGUAAUGGCGAUUCACCACAUUCGAUGGAUGUUGACCUCGACGAUGAAGACGAUGAAUACGAAUUUGGUAUUGAUAUUCCAUAUGAUGAAGAAUUGGAAUUAGCUUUACAAGCUGCUGAAUCUCAACCUAAUCUCGUUCGCACUGAAUCUGAGGAUGAUAGUGCGAAUGUGAUACAUAAGCAAGUCACAAGGGAUAUAGAAGAUCUACCAAUCCAUUUGGGCAUCAACGGUCUUCCGGGACCACUAGUUGGACCGGAGGGAAAAGAAGAAGAAGGGGAGAGAGGAGGAUCAGGGUCAGGAUCAGGAGCAGGUGAAGUCGAUGAAGGAGGGAUAGAAAGAUUAAGCCCUUUUGAACAAUUCAGAAAGAAAGGUUAUUUGAGUGUAUCGGAUUUAGUUGGUCCUGUAUGGUGUGAAACUCAGUAUGAUUAUCGAUUGAGAACACUACCAUUUCUACCACCCUCUCAAAGACCUGAUAUAAUCAAAUCGACUGCAGGGAAUGAGAUAGUCGUCAAUAAACUAAAAGUGGAAGAUAAAGAAAAAAUCCUCAAGAGAGGAGAGAAAAUACAUAAACGAUUGGAAAGGGAAAUACAUCCUGAAGAAAUCAAGAUUCCAAUUACAACUCCUGAAGAUAUUUGGGGAUUAAGGUUCUUAAAUAUGCUGGCCGCUUUGGAAUCUUUAUUGACUUUAGGCAAAUGUCGUGAAUUACCUGUAGUAGGCUUUGUUAAAGGUAUUUUAGUGUAUGGUGUUAUCGAUGAAAUUGUUCGUGAACCCAUACCGAUAUCUUCGUCUGAUAAUCCUGAUAAUUCAACUACGUCUCAAACAACUCUCACAUCUUUCUUUUCACCAUCCAAAGCGAAAAAUGAUAAAGCAGAUUCACGUCGAUCAGAUAUCACUGUCAAACCAAAAACACAUAAAUUGUUCGUAUCAGAUUCUAAAACUAGAGCUUCAAACGUACUUCCAAAAGAAGAAGAUACAUUAGCAGGUAGAUUACAGGUUAUGUUAUAUAAAGAAUUGUUGGAUUCCAUCUUACUUUAUUCGAAUAGUAAUACACCUAACUCCAACUCCAACUCCGCGUCAGUCUCAAAUCUGACUACGAUUUCAAACUCAAAUCCGAAUGCGAUGUUAGCAAAUAUCGGGAUCGCUAAUUCAUCAUCAAUAUUGCCCAGUCGUAAUCCCUUUUCGUGGGAUACAAUAUUCGAUCAUUUACACCUGAAUCCACUGAAUUCUUUCUCCGAGGAAUUCUUGAAUCAAGGUCAACUGGUCGUCAUAGGGAAUGGACUUCGUUUUGGUUCUGAUCAAGCUAAAACAUUGACAGAUAUGCAAAUCAUUCUGGGUAAAUACAUCGAUGAAUUGGGACUUGGUACACCCACACCACCUUCGAAUAGCAAAGUCAAAGGGAGAACGAACACGAAAGGAAAAGGCAAGGAGAAGCAAAAUGAGGAAGGAUGUAGAGGUAAAACAGAAGAUCUACUGAAGUUAGUAUACAGACGGGCGGGAGGCAAGAAGAAACAGAAACGUACACGCGAAAGAAAGAAUAAACGUCGAAGACAAAGUACGAUAGAUCAAGCUGGACAAGAAAAAGAAGGUGAAGAACCACCGCCGUCUCUGUUCUCUGUGGACCCUAUUGAGAUGAAAGAUGGAGAUGACGCGAUUCAAGUAGAGGAAGAACGUUUGAUACAACUUGCAAUCACUGAAUCUCUAAUACCGACAUCUAAUAACCUUGCACCUGUCGCCACUGACGGGAUUGAACUGGCCAAAGAAUCGGAUUCUUCGAUGAUAUUCGAGAGGACUGAAGAACCCGAAAGUAAUUCAGAUACGCCAAGACCACCCACUCGAGCUAGCGAAAGGAUAUACUGGGGUGAAGAAGAAGAUGACGAUGAUCAAAAAGAAGAAGACGAACUCGCUUGGGCCGUUGAAAUGAGUUUGAAUCCAGAUUUAGAGAAUGACCAGACUCUCGAGAACGACUUGGAAAAGAGUGAAGGGACAGCCGCAGUCCUAAAGACACCUUCGUCUUCUCAGCCGAUCGAAUCACAACUAGAUCAUGUGUCAUCACAACAUCCAAGUGAAAACGGUAUAAGUCCAAGCAAACAGGCACCUUCUUCUCCUUCUCCUUCACAGAGAGAUGAAGGAGAUAAUCUACCUUCAGGAUCAAUAAUAGGAACACAUCGAUUCACCCAUUCACCUUUAACUCUAGCUAGACAUUUGGAAAGCGUACUUCAGUUUUGGUUGGGAGAGAGAGAACCUUCAGGUGUCACGUUGGAAGAAACUAGGAGAUGUGGUUGGUGUGAAUUUGAAGAAGGUUGUGAAUGGAGACUGAAAAAGGCUCAAGAGAUUUGGGAGAAAAGGAAAACAUAG